AUAAUUAGAAGUUGAGUAACUGUCUUUUUUAACUAACAAAUUCAAAACUUGCUGAACUUAGAGUGGUAGUUAGCUAGUUACAUAAGUUAGUUGUUAAAGAAAAGAAAAAGAGAGAAAAUGGCAUCGGCACAACAAGAGAGUAGGAAAGAGAUGGAUGCAAGGGCUAGGCAGGGUGAGACUGUUGUUCCUGGUGGUACUGGUGGCAAGUCACUUGAAGCCCAAGAGCACCUUGCUGAAGGAAGGAGCAGGGGAGGACAGACAAGGAGGGAGCAGCUAGGACACGAAGGAUACCAGGAGCUUGGCACCAAGGGUGGUCAGACCCGCAAGGACCAAAUGGGUACCGAAGGCUACAGUGAAAUGGGCCGCAAGGGUGGACUCAGCACCAUGGACCAAUCCGGCGAGGAGCGAGCUCAGGAGAAAGGCAUUGAUAUCGACGAGUCCAAGUUCCGUACUCGCUCCUAAUCAAUGAAUCCUCUUCGUUAACCUUGAGUUGGUGUUGCUGAACUCAAACCUCAUUUUCCCGUUGUUUAGUUUUAUCCACGGAGUACUUAAGACCCUUGUACGUCGUUAUGUAAUAAAAUGUAUGUUACACCCUUUUAGUUUAACUUUAGGUACGGUGGUUGUUACAAACUUACAACAAGUAUGUAGUUAACAGCACGGAUGUUGUUUGAUUCCGUGCUAAUGUAACCCGUAAAUGGCUUGGAGUCGGACGGAAUUUUAUUUUAUGUUUAAGUUUUCCUCUAGCCGUUUUCGUGCAACCUAAAUUUUUCAGGUGGAGGUCGGAGUAGGUAUGUGUGUAGAACAAUUGUAGACUUUGUAGUCUUGUGUUUCAGCUAUAUCAUGUAAUGCUGUGGUUUCCCAAGUAAUUUCAAGUUUUUUUGAUAAAUUUUACAAG